AUGCUUCGUGCUAUGCUUUUAGAACCUGGGGCAAUAUGCUAAGUAAUUUUAUGUCUAAAUAUUGAGGAUCUUAUUGAAGAAACUUGGAGAUAAUGGGAUGAAUACUAAUAAUAGGAGAAAGAGAGGAUGACUGAAUAAAGACAAAGGAGAAGUCAAAGAUCAGUCAAGACUUUUAAAACAGAAAAUGAUGAAGAUAGAAGUGUUGUAAAUAUGGAUGCAGAUGAAAAUUUAGAUGAUGAUUAUAACAUCAAAAAGGAUAUUACUCAAAAGGGAUAAGAAAAGAGAUUCUGUAAAAAAUGUUGCAUUCCAAAACCUCUUAGAACUCAUCAUUGUUCUUAAUGCAGAUGUUGUUGGUAAAGAAUGGACCAUCAUUGCCAAUGGAUCAAUAAUUGUGUAGCCAAAGACAAUUAUAAGAUAUUCAUUUGCAUGAUCUUUUAUGCUAGCUGUCUAUUGGUUUGGGUGUCAAUUUCUUAAUACAGGGUGUUCCUUAAUGUGAUUGAAACUGAUAUGCCAGAUCUUAUACUGUUCCUAAUUGUGCUCCACUAUUAUUUCAUACUUUUGAUUGCAGUCCUUAUUACAGGCUUUUUCAUAUUCCACUUGUAUUUGAUAUCCCAAAACAAGACUACUUUGGAAUAGUUGGAGGAUAAACCAGACAGAUUAAAAUAUAACGAAGGAGUAUGGUAAAAUUUCAAGUCCAUAAUGGGUUCAAACAUCCUAUUAUGGUUUUUACCAGUUAAAUGA